AGGAAACCAUGAGCAACCGAAACACGAGACGAACGGUCGUUCUUGCUAUGAAUUAGAUCUCGGAUGAACUUUUCACAGUUUCUAGAAGAAGCAAGACAGCAUGCAACGGACAUAAACUUGCAGCGGUCAUCUUCAUGUUCCGAAACAAGAUUAGGGGCUGAGAGAAAGAGCAAGAAAUCAUGGACAGUACACUCACUCUUCUCAUGGUGCAAAACUGACAGAAAGAGCAAACCGGGUUCGGAUCCUGUCCGUGUUUCUAACAAACUUUACGGUUCUGGUCCGUUGUGUGGAACCACCAAGGGAGUUGAAACACCGAGCUGCUCCAUUGUCGGGGCUGCCGUUCUCGGUCCUUUUCACCCCUACAAGGAAGAUGGAGAAUGAGGUGCCUUACAUGAGUCUAGACCAGCUUAACAAUCCUUAUCAUGUCAACUCCUAUGGACCUGUCUAUUUGGUGACAUAGUUGUAUCAAUGAUAGGGUAUUUGAGAUGGGGCAAAAA